AUUGCAAACAGGUGCGCUGUGUCACUGUGUUACAGUCCCGGGCAGGAGAGGAGGUGCGGCUGACAGCUGAGACAGUAUCCAUAGACAUGCUGUCAGUGUGGAAUUUUAUGAAACGUCACAAGAAAAAAUUUAUUUUCUUUGGUGCUUUUGUAGGAGGUGUUUACAUCUUAGGAAAGUAUGCACAAAAAAAAAUUAGAGAAAUCCAGGAAAGAGAAGCAGCUGAAUACAUUGCACAGGCUCGGAGACAAUACCAUUUUGAGAGUAAUCAGAGGACCUGCAACAUGACAGUGUUAUCGAUGCUUCCAGCUCUGAGAGAGGCAUUAAUGCAACAACUGAACUCAGAGAGUUUAACCAGCCUACUUAAAACACGGCCUUCAAACAAGCUGGAAAUAUGGGAAGAUUUGAAGAUUAUCAGUUUCAGUAGAAGCAUAGUGUCUGUGUAUAGUACGUGUAUGCUUGUCGUUCUUCUUCGCAUCCAGUUAAAUAUUAUUGGUGGAUAUAUCUACCUUGACAACUCUUCUAAUAGCAAAGGCAGCACAGAGCACCAAGCAUCCCCUGAGGUGCAGCAACAAUAUUUGUCCAGCAUUCAACACCUCCUAGGAGAUGGUCUGACUGAGUUGAUAACAGUGGUGAAACAAGCCGUCCACAAAGUGCUUGGCAGCUUGUCUCUGAAGCACAGUCUUUCACUAACAGAGCUAGAGCAGAAGAUAAAAGAGAUCCGUAAUCUGGUGGAAGAGAAGCAGAAUGCGGAAGACUCAGAGUGCCAGUCUCUCUUGUGCCGGUUUAUGAUGCCAGACGAAGAGAACCCAUUGACCACACAGGCAUCUGGGCUGACAGAAAAAGAUGUCACCACAAUUAAGCUACUGAAUGAAACCAGGGACAUGCUAGAAAGUCAAGAUUUUAGCAUAGUUCUGAAUAUGUGCUUGAGUCGAGGUUUUGGUCGCCUCUUGGACAGUAUUGCAGAAUUCUUCAGACCUACAGAGCAUGAACUCAAUUAUAAUAGCUCAGUAAACAGUCUUUCCAGUAUCAGUCUUCCACUGGCUAAAAUUAUACCCAUAGUUAAUGGACAGAUCCACUCCAUUUGCAGUGAAAUGCCUAACCAUUUUGUUCAGGAUCUGCUGCUUAUGGAACAAGUGAAGGACUUUGCAGCCAAUGUGUACGAAGCUUUCAGCACACCUCAUCAGCUGGAAAAAUAACUUCCUGAAUGGUUAACCAAUGCACUAUCUCCUGGAAAAUUCAGCAGAGCUUCAAUGUUUACAGACCUUGAAUCACAUUCCUUUAAUUCUUUAAAUUGAAGUUGCCUGACAAGGAACGAAUCCUCUGCUUGUUCUGGAAGCAGUAGCGAAAAGAUAAUGAUGGGGUGAAAGCUAUUAUUGUAUAUAGAUUUUAUUUAAUAAUACAAACACUUUCUAUCCCAUCUUACUAAUUUUGCAGAUUCUGAACUUCACACACAUUAAACAGCGCCUGUUAUUUCCCAGCACCACUGAUUUUUAACUUUGGCGGCUAUGUGAGGUACAUAUAUAUAUAUGUAAAGCAAACGCAAGACAAGAUUGUAACAUAGCAAACCUCUGAAUUUUGUUCUAGGUAGGUUAUCUGAAGGUUAUCUUUUUCAGAUUCCGCAUACGGUUUUUAAAAUCUAGGGAAUCAAAAUAGUUUUCAGGGCAGCAUAACUUUAUGUCAUUUAUUUUAUUGUGUUUAAAGGGCCAUUAUAGUGAAAAAAUUACAUGUUCUCAUUUAUUAGAGCCUAUCAUUUCAUCACUAUCAACCCUGCAAAUCUAUGUUUUUAACCCCACGCAAUAGUUAAAUACAUAGGUGAAGUACUGUUUGGGGGGCCAAAGACGAUGACUGCUCCCAAGCCAAAAAUGCCAUUGACACAAUCAGCAGUGCUAGUCGUACAACCCAGCUGUAAUUGUUUUCACUAUAGGGACCCUUUAAAUAGUCCAGAAACCAUAUUUAACACAAAUCACACAAUGUCUAACCUACAGGCAACAGUUAUUGGGGAAGAUAUGUAACUGUUAACUUCUACAUCAUUUUCAUGAAUAUUGAAUGUUUUUAUUUUAAAGGGACAUGAAACCCAAAAAUUUCCUUUCAUGAUUCAGACAGAGCAUACAAUUUUCCAACUUAUUUCUAUGCACCACUGUUAGCUAGCUGCUGAUUGGUGGCUGCACAUAUGUGUCUUGUCAUUGGCAUACAGAUGUGUUCAGCUAGCUCCCAGUAGUGCAUUGCACCUUCAACAAAGGAUACCAAGAGAAUUAAGCAAUAUUGCUAAUAGAAGUAAACAGGAAAAUUGUUUAAAUCUGAACCAUGAAAGUAGAAAAUUGGGUUUCUUGUCCCUUUUUAAGUUGAUGUAAAAAAUAUUUUUAAACCAACCAGUUAAAAUAACUGAUAUCUAAACAAGGUGAGCUAGAAAGUAAUGAAAUUGAAGGAAACCAAAUCACGCCAUCUUCAGUUUUUAAAGGGACAGUAAACACCUUAAGAUUUUGUUAUAAAAUGUUUAUUUAUGCAUAAUGAAACAGCCUUGCAAUAUACUUCCAUUAUUUAUUUCACCCCUCUUCAUGUAAUUUAGCUCUGAUAAUUGUGAAUUAUUUAAUUUUCAGAACUUGAAAUGCACCCUGCUGACUUCUCAAGCAUAACCCUGCUACAUAUCUUUCCCUAAUUGGCUUUAACUGAUAUUAACUGCAAAAUGAUUAACUUUAUACUAACUUUGUGACUGUGGUCACCCUUGUCUGCAGACUAAAGCCUAGAUUGGCUCCUCCAAAUUAGGCAAAAAGUGGGUGGAGUUUGGUUAUUGACAAACAAUUGCAGCAAACAAGAUGCUGAUUUUUUUUAAAAUGUUUAGGCUUGGCUGAAAUAUUAUUUUACGGCAACACAACAGAAAUGUCUCAUAAUUACAAGGUGUUUACUAUCUCUUUAAAUUGUCUUACAAAAAUACUUUUUUGCUCUUUCAGGAUUGAAGUUCAGAAACACUGAUGUAAAUCUGUUAAAGGGACAGCCAACACAAAAAUUGUUAUUGUUUAAAAAGAUAGGCAAUGCCAUUACUACCCAUUCCCUAGCUUUGCACAACUAACAUGGUUACAUUAACAUAACCUUUAAACCUCUACAUUUCUGUCUGUUUCUAAGUCCCUAAAGACAGCCCCAUGAUCACAUGCUUUUGUGUUUGCUUUUCACGUAGACUAGCAAAGUUAGUCCAGCACAACAGCUGUCAGGGACAUGCAGGUUCACUCAGGAGCUACACUCAGGGCUCCAACAGCAUACAAACGACUCCAAGGUGAGUGACAGCAAAAGCAAGUUUAUUACCAAAUUUUACACAGGAGGUAGCAGCGACGUUUCGGAACAAGUUUCUUUAAUCAUGCAUGUUUGCUUUUCACAACAGGGGAGUGCUAGUUCAUUUGAGCCAUGUAGAUUACAUUGUGCUAACUGGCUUCAAUGCAAGUCAAUAGAUAAUAAAUGUAUAGUCAUGUGAUCAGGGGGCCGUCAGAUGAUGCUUAGAAAAAAGGUAAUCACAGAGGUAAAAAGUGUAUUAAUAUAACUGUGUUUUCUGUGCAAAACUGGGGAAUGGGUAAUAAAGGGAUUGUCUGUCUUUUUAAACACAAAACACAUUCUGCUGAGCACCUGGAGGGUUCUCACAUACAAAGUUCAUACAGCCUCCCACUGCCCUAUUGCCGCUAUUCACCAGACCUCCUGAGACGCUCAGCUCAAAAGGAUCGCCAGGUUGCAGUACACCAUUUCCAACAGCUAGACACCACACAUACACACAGUAGGGGUAACUCACAUAGAGGGGUUAUAGCCGCCGGACUUCAACUCCUUUGCAUCCGGAUUCACUCACGAUAUCCCUUGGAGGCUAUACUUUCUGCAGACGUCCAACCUUCCACCCUCAGCGUGAGACUUUUGCAUAUCUUUUUAAACAACACAAUUUGAGUUGACUGUCCCUUUAAAAUAGCUUAUUUUGUUUUGUUUUUCCCUUAAAAUGCUCUGCUUCUGGGCCCCCAUUUGAUCCACACAGUAAAUCUCAGGCCGAAAGCUUUAACUGCACUAAAAAAAUCCUUCUUUUUCCCCCACAAAAAGUAUUAUCUUAAGACUUAAGAAUUGGCUGAUGCUCUCAAACAGAAAAUAUGAAACUUUUCAAUAAUAUUUUUAAUUUCGUCAAAUUAGUAUUCUAAUUUAUUGCACCUAAUGGACGAGUUUGUUUUCAAAUAUGUAGAUGGCAUACAGUUUGUGUGCAUCUUCUUGUAGAUAUGUUUUUAUUGGUAAUUGGCUAUGUAGCCAGAUAAAUCUCUGUAUUUCAAUAAAGUUUUUUUGUUUUUUUUAUUAA